AUGUCUGUAUGGGGGAAAGCGGUACAUACCGAGCUGCUCGGGAACAAGCUGAAGGUAACGAUGUCUCACAUCGAUCUGCCCAAUGAGAUCUUUUGCAUGAUCGCGCAGCAUCUGCCCAAUCAUGCCAGCAUCUCAGCGUUGAUGAGAACUGAUCGUCGCAUGUAUCAUUUUCUUCGUGAAUACCUUUACGACCAAAUUUCUGGCAAUGAGAAGCAUUAUACGCUCAGUUGGGCCGCAAAACACGGCCACGAAAAACUUGUGCGGGAGAUGCUCCAGCGAGGAGGCGAUAUUCGACUUCACACCCCCUCGCACCUAGAUACUCCGCGCGCUAAACCUGAACUCAGACAAUGGCUCAUCACAGCAAUUUCCGAUGCAGCUGAAAAUGGGCAUGCGAGCAUAGUGAGGCUGUUACUCGAACGCCAACCCAGCGCACUGAAUCAGUGUUCGGGUUACAAUGACAGCCCGCUUAUCAAAGCAGCCACCAACGGCCACGCAGAGACCGUCAAGGUUCUGUUGAAACAUUCAGCCAAUAUCCCGCCAGAUGCAAUCAGUGAGCUUGGGUUUGGCCCUCCAAGCUCCUUUGACUUUAGUCGUGUUCUCAACGAGGCGUUCCGACAGGGACAGGAAGAGAUUGUGGACAUCUUGCUGGCGGACACUCGUGUGAACCUAAACAAUCAAAGCUUACCUGCGGCUGCUUGGGGUGGAAAUGAGAAGCUGGUUGAUCUGUGUCUGCGCGAGGCACCUCCAUGGCCACCCGGAAGCGGUUACGAGUCACCGCUGGGAGCGGCUGCGCGGCGGGUCAUGAAGCUGCCGUCACGAUGA